CCAGUAUGCAGUAUGCAGUUCUACAUCCACUGAUAACUCAGCAGCUGAGGAACUCAGUAAAACCUGCCCCAAACUUCUCAGCUGUUGACAGGCUUGACUUGCUGAGAACACUGGUUAAAUAUAGAACAAGUGAGCUGAGCUCAACAAAGUCAUUGCUGUAACCGUGUGUGAAGAGAGCAGAAGAGGGGAAAUACAAUCUCAGAACUAAACUGCCAAAGCCUAACACCACCUAGCAACAGUUGAAAAAAAAUUUAAACAAAAGUCUGGGUGAGAGACAGACAGAGCAUACCUCCUAUUUCUCCUGACUGGGAUUUCGGUGAGAAACAACUACGCUCCUCUUCUGCUCUUUAUACUAUUUUCUGCACUACUUCAGCUGCUGAUAGACCUAGAAGAGUGGAAAAAGCUUAUCUCUGUGGGUGCUUCUGGGCUGGAUAUUUUUCCAGGACUUAUAUUUGCCUGGUCAGAGUGGAGCAAGCUGCUGUGAUCUAACAAGAACAAACUGACAUUGUAGGAUAUAUUUCUAGGUUCUCACUGCUGUCAGGUGGGGAUGAGAUCGCGAAACCAAGGUGGAGAAAGCUCUCCUAAUGGGCAUUUCUCCAGUUCUAAGCCAAUUACCAGGAAGGCAGAGAAUGAAAACCUUCAGGAAGAUGCCAAGAAAAAGAACAAAUCCCAUCGAAAGGAAGAGGAGGUCAUGGUCUCGGGGACUGUAAAACGACACUUGACAUCACCAGCACCCAGUGAACGAAAGAACAAGAAAUCCAUAGAGCUUUCUAAAGAGGACUUAAUCCGGCUCCUCAGUAUAAUGGAAGGAGAGCUGCAGGCUAGAGAAGAUGUGAUCCACAUGCUGAAGACAGAGAAAACCAAACCUGAAGCGUUAGAGGCCCACUAUGGAUCUGCAGCUCCAGAGAACGUGCUGCGAGUGUUGCAUAGGGAUGCCAUCCUUGCCCAAGAAAAAUCUGUAGGUGAAGAUGUCUAUGAGAAACCCAUUUCAGAGCUGGACAGACUGGAAGAAAAGCAGAAAGAGACGUAUCGACGCAUGUUGGAACAGCUCCUCUUGGCAGAGAAGUGCCAUCGGCGCACAGUUUAUGAGCUGGAAAAUGAGAAGCAUAAACAUACGGAUUACAUGAACAAGAGCGAUGACUUUACCAACCUCUUGGAGCAGGAGCGUGAAAGAUUAAAGAAGCUUCUUGAACAGGAAAAAAUCUAUCAAGCCCGCAAGGAGAAAGAACACACAAAGAGACUCAAUAAAUUGAGAGACGAACUGGUCAAACUCAAGUCAUUUGCACUCAUGCUGGUGGAUGAGAGACAAAUGCAUAUUGAACAACUUGGUCAGCAAAGUCAAAAAAUAGAAGAUCUUGCUCAGAAAUUAAAGGAAGAAGAAGAAAAGCUUAAAGUUAUUAGUUCAAAAACAAAAGAAGAUGGACAAAAAUUGAUGAAGUUAGAAACAGAACUUGAACACAAGACGUUAUCAUUUUCUCAAGAGCAUGAGGAAAUGACCACUAAACUGGUUAAUCAAGAGUCACAUAACAGACAGCUGAGACUUAAGCUGGUUGGUUUGACUCGUAGAAUUGAGGAACUAGAAGAAACUAACAAAAAUCUUCACAAGGCUGAGGAAGAACUUCAGGAAUUAAGGGAUAAAAUAGCAAAAGGGGAAUGUGGAAACUCUAGCUUGAUGGCUGAAGUGGAAAACCUACGCAAGCGUGUACUUGAAAUGGAAGGCAAAGAUGAGGAGAUCACAAAAACUGAAUCCCAGUGUAGAGAGUUGAAAAAGAAACUACAAGAGGAAGAACAUCAUAGCAAAGAGCUGAAACUUGAAGUGGAAAAGUUGCAGAAGAGAAUGUCAGAACUGGAGAAGCUAGAAGAGGCUUUUAGUAAAAGUAAGUCUGAAUGUACCCAGCUGCACUUAAAUCUGGAGAAAGAAAAACAUUUAACCAAAGACUUAAUAAGUGAGUUGGACGUGGUGAAGACUCGAGUGAAAGAUCUUGAAUCUUCAGAAAGUAGAUUGGAAAAAGCUGAACUAAGCUUAAAAGAGGACCUUACAAAGCUAAAGUCAUUUACUGUCAUGCUGGUGGAUGAAAGAAAAAAUAUGAUGGAAAAAAUAAAGCAGGAAGAAAGAAAAGUUGAAGGUCUGAACAAAAAUGUUAAGUUGGAACAAAGUAAAGUUAUGGAUGUGACUGAGAAAUUAAUAGAUGAAAGUAAGAAGCUUUUGAAACUAAAAACUGAAAUGGAGGAAAAAGUGUCCAGUUUGACAAAGGAAAGAGAUGAGUUAAUUGGGAAACUGAAAAGCGAAGAAGAAAAAUCCUCUGAACUGAGCUGUAGAGUUGAUCUGUUAAAGAAAAGAAUUGAAAGUAUAGAGGAAGUAGAAAGAGAAAUAGCAAGAGGUCGAGCCAGAAAAGGACCAGAACUUGCUUAUCAGGAGGACAACAAGAUUAAAGAACUAACCAUUGAAAUUGAAAGACUGAAAAAACGUCUCAAACAAUUGGAAGUGGUUGAAGGAGACUUGAUGAAGACAGAGGAUGAAUAUGAUCAGCUGGAGCAGAAAUUUAGGACAGAGCAGGACAAAGCUAACUUCCUUUCUCAGCAACUGGAGGAAAUGAAACUCCAGAUUGCCAAAACCAAAGCAAUAGAGAAGGGUGAAGUGGUGAGUCAGGAAGCCGAGUUGAGGCACAGGUUUCGGCUAGAAGAGGCUAAAAGCAGAGAUUUGAAAGCAGAAGUGCAAGCACUUAAGGAAAAAAUUCAUGAGCUGAUGAACAAAGAAGAUCAGCUUUCCCAGCUCCAAGUUGAUUAUUCUGUUCUGCAGCAAAGAUUUAUGGAGGAAGAAAAUAAAAACAAAAAUAUGGGGCAGGAAGUCCUGAACUUAACAAAAGAGUUAGAGCUUUCUAAGCGUUACAGCCGUGUCCUCAGACCCAGCAUGAAUGGUAGAAGAAUGGUAGAUGUUCCUGUGACAUCCACAGGGGUGCAGACUGAUGCUGUAAGUAAUGAAACAGCAGAAGAAGAAACGCCAGCCGUGUUUAUAAGGAAAUCCUUCCAAGAAGAAAAUCACAUCAUGAGUAAUCUGCGACAGGUAGGGCUGAAAAAACCCAUGGAGCGCUCGUCUGUGCUUGACAGGUAUCCCCCAGCAGCAAAUGAGCUUGCAAUGAGGAAAUCUUGGAUACCAUGGAUGAGAAAAAGAGAUAAUGUGCCCCAGGCAGCUUACGAUAAAGGAGCCCGAAUACAUGGUAGCCCAGGACAUCCUGGAGAGGUGGUCCUUUCCCCAAAGCAGGGGCAACCUCUUCAUAUUCGGGUGACUCCCGAUCAUGAGAAUAGCACAGCUACUCUGGAAAUAACUAGCCCAACAUCUGAGGAAUUUUUUUCAAGCACCACUGUCAUUCCGACCUUGGGAAAUCAGAAGCCUCGAAUUACCAUCAUUCCCUCUCCAAAUGUGUCACAAAAAGGAAAAGGUUCUGAGAGCUCAGUGGGCCCAGAGCGAGCUAUGUCACCUGUUACUAUCACCACAUUCUCCAGAGAAAAGCCCUCAGAUGGAGGGAGAGCUCCUUUCAUGGAAAGACCCACGUCCCCAAUUCAGAUUAUGACAGUAUCUACAUCUGCAGCACCAGCAGAAAUCUCUGUCUCCCCAGAAUUACAGGAUAUGACCAUGGGAAGGGCUGUUUUCAAAGUAACACCAGAAAAACAAACGGUCCCAACACCAAUCCGGAAGUACAAUGCCAAUGCCAACAUUAUAACAACAGAGGACAACAAAAUUCAUAUUCAUCUAGGUUCUCAGUUUAAACGCUCCCCUGGUGGUGCUUCUGAGGGAACUAGUCCUGUGAUAACAGUCAGACCAAUGAAUGUAGCAGCAGAAAAGGAGGUUAUGACUGGUACAGUCCUUCGUUCCCCGAGGAACCAUUUCUCCUCCAGGCCUGGAGCAAGCAAAGUAACAAGUACUAUAACUAUAACUCCAGUUACAACAUCAUCCACACGAGGAACACAAUCAGUGACAGGACAGGAUGGGUCAUCACAGAGACCUACACCCACCCGUAUUCCUGUGUCAAAAGGUAUGAAAGCAGGAAAGCCAGUAGUGGCAGCCCCAGGAGCAGGAAAUGUGACAAAAUUCGAGCCUCGUGCCGAGACUCAGUCUAUGAAAAUAGAACUGAAGAAAUCUUCAGCCAACAGCUCUACCUCCCUGGGCGGGGGGAAGGGCUGAGGGCAAUGGCUAAGGGGAGAGUGUCAUCAUUCAUCAGUUACGCAUGAACUCUAGAUGAGAUACAAUACGCAAUGCAUUCUGUAUGUGUGCACUUCCUCUCCACACCAGUUGGAUGGAUCACUGUUGAUGCCCUCUACCACUGUCACCAUGGUCUCCUGUGCUACUGAUCACUUACAGAAGUAUUUUAGAACUUCUUUGGAUUAUUCUGAAUUAUUUGUAGAGUUUUUAAAAGUAAUGGCCUUGUUGAUACUUUGAAAAUAUGUAGAGAAAAACAGUCAAGGUGUCAACUGAAUGUUACUCUUAUUUUGCAAAACAUGAGGCACCUGCUUGAUUUUGUUUGGUGGUGUUUGCUAUAUAAUUUAUUUUUAUAAAACACAUUAAUGUAACUUUCCCCAAACCUUCCAAUUGCUACUGUCCAUUGCACAUUAAUUUGUAGAAUACACUGUCAAAAUUCUCUGUAUUGAUAUUUUUGUAUUAAAGACAGUAAAAAAAAAGUUAAGUUUUAAUCCCAAAAGUGCUUUAAAAAAACACAAAAAAAGUGUGAAACACAUUUUCCUGUCAUUAGACUGAGAGACUAAAUGCUCACGGGACUGCCAUAUAGGGUAUACUGUUAUAGAAUUUUUCUUGCACUGUGCAGAGGUUCAACAUAAAAAUGAGUGCUAACAAACCAAAGCUCUGGACUACUAUCUGAUUUUAAAGAUUCAUUUUAAACAUUGUAAACAAGUUUUCAUGAACCUUGAUGAUGAUUAUUUUACAAUGUGUUUUUACUUCUGCCUGUACUGAAAAAAAUCAAUUUUCAUCACACUGUAACAAAUAAAUUUUCACAAGAAUGCAAAUGUAACCAAGUGUUUGGAUUGUGACACAAGUGCCAUAAGGCUGACAGUAUUGAAGUUCACCUUUUUCGUUUUACUUUAUAGAAAUUGCUACUGCUAAAAAAAAAAAAAAAAGAAAUUGCGUGGUUUUUGUAGUUACCUUCUUUAGGCUGGUAUUUCAUUACAAUAUCACAGUGUAUACUACAUGCAUAAUAAAACUGAUCCAGAGAUUAUCAAAGCUCUGAAGAAAGAUAAUCAUCUGGCAAAAUUAAUGA